CACUUUGCUUGGUGAGGUAGAUUGCUACUAUAACUUGAUGACCCUUCACAUACCUAACCAUUUCCUUGGCUCUCUUGUAGAGUGUAUCCAUUGUUUUCAGUGCCAUGAUGUCCUUGAGGAUCAGAUUCCAUGUAUGAGCAGCACAGCCAAUGGUUGUGAUGUGAAGGUAGGACUCCUCCACUUUAGAGCAAGCAGCCUUCAUGUUCGCAGCAUUGUCUGUCACCAGUGGGAAUACCUCCUGUUGUCUAAGGUCAUUGAUGACUGCCUUCAGCUCAUCUGCAAUGUAGAGACCGGUGUGUCUGUUGUCCCUUGUGUCUGUGCUAUUGUAGAAUACUGGUUGAGGGGUGGAGAUAGUUAAUGUAUUGUAAUGUAGUUAAUUAUUCCUUGCCCAAGAACAUUCGACCACCCAUCAGAGAUGAUUGCAAUACAGUCUGCUUUCUCUAUGAUUUGCUUGACCUUCACUUGAACUCUGUUGAACUCUGCAUCCAGCAAAUGAGUAGAUAAAGCAUGUCUGGUUGGAGGGGUGUAUGCUGGGCGAAGAACAUUCAGAAAUGUCUUCCAAUACACAUUGCCUAUGAGCAUCAGAGGUGAACCAGUUGCAUACACAGCUUGAGCAAGACAUUCAUCAGCAUUUCUCUGACUACGUUCCUCCAUUGAGUCAAAAAAACUUCUGAUUCCAGGAGGACCAUGAGCCGUUGCUAUCGAUAAGGUGUCCUAUUCAUAAUUUUCACCUCGAAUAGAAGUAGAAGGACUUUUGUCAAGGGUUGCUUGUUGUGAGCGCUGAGGGAACUUUAUGCACUUGGCUAGAUGAUUCUGCAUCUUUGUUGCAUUCUUCACAUAUGAUUUGGCACAGUAUUUGCAAAUUUACACACCUUUUCCUUCUACAUUAGCUGCAGUGAAAUGUCUCCACACAUCAGAUAGUGCCCGUGGCAUUUUCCUGUAAAGAUGAGAAAAGCAGUUAGAUCAAACAACUCCUUUUUAAGAUACAUUUUUAAAAUGAAACAUGUAUGGUAACAGGUGAAUUAACACUCCUCAGUUAGCAGGCUCAAGCAAGCUAAAACCCACAUGGAAGAAAAAAAUAACUAGCAAAAUUUGUUAACAAGUUAAACAUGAUUUAAACACACUUUGCUGUAGGCUACUACUUACUAGUUAACAAAAAAUCAUGUAUGUCAUAAAAUAUAUUCACCCCACCCAGUAUUGUAAUGCGAACUUACCAGAAAGCAUGUAGUCCUUAGCUCAGACAGUGUAGUAGUGUGGGCUCAAUAGCAUCUCAUUAGUGUGCAAGAUCUUGAGAAUCAGCUGUACAUGUGAUGAAAGAGUGCACUGCACAUGUGAUGGAAGAAUGCACUGUGCAUGCAGAGGGUUGCAAUUCCAUUGAAUUGGGGAUAGUUUAACCAAAAUAUGCCACAAGACCUAGAAUUGCCUUACGUGUAUUCCACAAAAAAGGUUCACUGUUAUAAGCUAACUUUUUUUGAUUAAUUUAAGCAAAAUUCCCGGGCGUAACUUCCCAUGGAAAAUUUCUGGGAAAAUUUCUGAAAUUUACCCGAAGGUUUCCGACCCUUUGCAACCUUAGUUAGGAUACAGUAGGCUAAACUAUAUGCCAGGCUUCUUCUUAACUGGUGAACAAGACUAUUAAGCCAAAAACAUAAUGGUAACCGCAGCCAACACUUUAAAGUAUGAACUACCUUCAUUGAAUUAACUACUUUUAUUGAAGCAGAAUGGGGUACCUUAUAUAAACAUGAAUUUCCCAAGCAUUUAGGCCUACAAUCAUGAGUCUAUGGGGAUGGAUAAUGAUGGGAGUUAUUGGCCACAACCAAUAGUACAUAAUAAUGUCGUUUUAUAUCGAGAGAUAGUCCUGUAAAAUGAACUGUGUACUUACUGCUAUUUGUCUCCAUCUGCUGUUGAAGAAGGUCACAUACGGACUAUUUCUUAAUGACAGCCCACUUCAGUGACAUGCUCAUGCUUUCACGCCCCAGUCUGGCUGUAAUUUGAGCGCCAGAGGCAAUACGGAUUUUGCAGAAACUGGCAGCCACGUCACCGCUACAGGUCUGACCAACUUUCCCAGCCCUUUGCGGACAGUGCUGCAGAGGAAUCCCUAUGCAGAAUAUCUAUAAUAAACGUUUAUGAGCAUUUGUAGUGAUUUCCAAAGAACAAGAGGACAUAACAUUUGGGAACAUUUGAGUUAUUUGGGCCUUUUUGGGGGGAGUCUCAUUUCACAUACGUUAUUGUUUCGACUUCGCCUGAAGACUACUUGGAGGCCUCAUUCUUACAGAUUUUUACCAAUAUUUCGGCUCUUUCUUUUUGGAAUACCAAAACAGCACUAUGAAUAUCUUCCGUCUAGCCGGUGACGUGUCACAUCUCGUUGCUAUCAUCAUUCUAUUUAUGAAGAUACGGAGGUCCAAAUCCUGUGCUGGUAUUUCUGGGAAGUCUCAGGUGCUUUUUGCGUUAGUCUUCACUACAAGAUACUUGGACCUGUUCACUAGCGUAAUCUCCAUCUACAACACAGUUAUGAAGGUGGUCUUCCUGGCUUUGGCAUAUGCCACUGUGUACCUGAUCUACAUGCGCUUCAGGAGCACCUUCGACUCAGAGAGUGACUCAUUCCGUGUUGAGUUCCUGCUUGUGCCUGUGGCUGGGCUUUCCUUCCUGGAAAACUAUGCAUUUGCCCCACUGGAGAUCCUGUGGACCUUCUCCAUCUACCUGGAGUCAGUGGCCAUCUUGCCCCAGCUCUUCAUGAUCACCAAAACCGGCGAGGCAGAAUCCAUCACCACCCACUACCUGUUCUUCCUGGGUCUCUACCGAGCCCUGUACCUGGCCAACUGGGUGUGGCGCUACCACACCGAGGGCUUUUUUGACCAGAUUGCUGUGGUGUCCGGUGUGGUGCAGACGAUUUUCUACUGUGACUUCUUCUACCUUUAUAUUACCAGGGUGCUCAGAGGAAGUGGUAAGAUGUCCCUGCCCAUGCCCAUCUAAAGAGAGUCAGUGCUGUUUUAAGCGACAGUUGAGCAGCACCUCUGAAAGCACCUCUGCCCUCCAAUCAUACUUAUUAAUGGACUACAGUCUGCAGUCUCACAGUACCCCCUGUAUACCCUGGGGGGUAUAUACUGUACCCAGUGGGCAACCGUCGUGUUGUUGGUACCUGGUGUGUUUGUUGGUGUGCUUUUCCCUCGACUAAAAGGACCAAAGAACGUUGUCCUAUGUUUUUGUGGAUGAGUGUGUGGAACUGAAUGUUAAUGGGAAUUGAGUAAAUUGAAUACUGUGGGAAUUUUUAUUUUAUUCUUUUUUUCAUGGAGGCAGAUAUUGUCCCGCUUGAAUUAGUCCAAUGGAGUUUGUGCCUUAAUUUUACUUUUCUAGUAAAUGGCAUAUUUGAAUGUCUUAUUACAUCAGAAUGGUGUAAACAUUGUAUAUAUAUGAGACAUUUGUUCUGCUUUCCUGUCUUUUCACAAUUUCUACAUAUAACAGUGACCAACCUUCAAGGCUUACAUUGUUUCACAAAGUAGAGUUCAUUGGGAGUCUUGUAUUUGGGCUGCUAUGGGUGAUAUUUGCCAUCCUUGUCAAGAGUUCUGCUAUGUUCUUCCCUUUAUGAAAAUAAGUCCAUGGAGAUGCCAUACAGAACGCACUGUCAUGUAUGUAACUCUUAUAUCUGUUCACUUCUUGACUGAACCAAGAUUCUUCUCAAAUAUGUUGUAUGCUGUACUUUGAUUUCUUCCAGUCAUUUCAUUUCCUUUAAUAUUUAUGCAUUUCAUUAAGCAAAACGAAUACACAUUUUUGUGAUGUCACAGUUCAAACAAAAUAUAUUUUGUAUUUGACGAGGCAUCAACAGUUAUUUCUCACUAACUAUAGUUCAUUCAUAUCUCAACAUUUAUUGACAACAGUUUUGGACCAGGAUUACAAUGGCAAAGGCAGAUUAACGCUUCAACAAAAUGGAAAGGUACUUACACUAGGUAUCUUGGUACUACUAGAUUUGUAUAUGUGUGCCAAACUUUUACAACUGUGGUGCCCAUGUUGUAAUGAUCAACAUUUUAAUACAAAGAACCUUCAUCAUUUGUAAAUCAGGUCAGUAAAAGGUAUAUUUACUGGUU